UCAGCAAGGGCCGAUCGAGAGCUCUCCCUAUAAUGAUGGUGGGUUUAUAAUCAAUGUUCAUGUACUAUAGUAAUUCAUUCUGCAUAUGAUCACAAUCACUCCUAGUGCAUAAUUGUGGCCCUCGCUUUAGGUGAGGAUGUCAUCUGCAAAACUCUCUUCGUGCAAUCUUGAACAUGAAGAUCCUUUUAGGUGUUGACAUUGGUGAGGGUUUUAGCGUGCUAACCGUGAUUAGGUAUCAGUGUCAUCAGUUCUCAGACUUGAUUAGAGUAGAGUGGGCGGCAUAUGCGGCGUUGAGCACGGCUACUGUUGUUGAUAUCCUUAUUGCAUCAUCGAUGUGGUAUCUCCUCGCUACCUCCCGCACUGGGUUCUCUAGGACGGAUUCCUUUAUCAACAAGCUUAUAGCUUACACCGUUAAUACUGGCUGUAUCACGAGUAUAGGUUCAGUGGCAACUAUAGUCACAUGCGCAGCGAUGCCAAACAACUUUAUCUUUCUUGGCGUUGUAUUCUUAGUAGCUAAAUUAUACGUCGGCUCGUUUCUCGCACUCCUGAAUGCGCAAUACUACUUGCAGGGCAACGCGAACAAUAACGAUUCCGUCAACACGCACCGUACACGCCAAUUCCUCUACCGACCGGAGCCACACAUUAGGGUGCCACAAGACAUAUGUAAAUAUGACGAUGAAACAGAUGUCAUUCGUCCUGUACAGAUUGACAUGCCACAGCCUACACCGAUUGCCAUCACAGUUGAGAUAAGUUCUUUCUCGUCAGCUUAAUAGGUUGUCAUACAUACAUAUCGUACGCCUGUCUCUUAUAGACUUUUGAGGCCACGGAUUAUAAUAUCGAUUACUACCUCUCUGUGCAUUCUGAUGUACUGCAUGG